AAAAACUUCAUAAUUUAGCACUCAUAACCUCCUUUUAAUGCUUUGCUUAACACAAAACCUUCCAUUACUCAUCAUCUUCACUGAAAACACAUAGUAUUAGAUAUUUUCUCCCUCUCUCUCUCUCUAAAAAAAGGUCCUUGUAAGAGAAGAUGACAGAUAACGAAUCCACCAUUUCCAGUCAAAACCCAUUAACAAGUGGAUCCAGUCCCCCACCAAAGAAGAAGAGAAAUCUGCCAGGCACCCCAGAUCCUGAGGCGGAGGUGAUAGCGCUGUCGCCGAAGACGCUGAUGGCGACCAACAGAUUCGUGUGCGAGGUAUGCGGGAAGGGUUUCCAAAGGGAUCAGAAUCUGCAGCUGCACAGAAGAGGGCAUAAUCUGCCGUGGAAGCUGAAGCAGAGGUCGAGCAAGGAGGUGAGGAAGCGGGUGUAUGUGUGCCCCGAGAAGGCCUGCGUCCACCACCACCCGUCCCGGGCUCUUGGAGACCUUACUGGGAUCAAGAAGCACUUCUGCCGGAAGCACGGGGAGAAGAAGUGGAAGUGCGACAAGUGUGCCAAGCGCUACGCGGUGCAGUCUGAUUGGAAGGCUCACGCUAAGACUUGUGGAACCAGGGAAUAUAAGUGUGACUGCGGCACCAUUUUCUCAAGGAGAGACAGCUUCAUCACCCACCGUGCAUUUUGCGAUGCACUAGCCCAAGAAACCGCAAGAGUCACAGCUGCAACACAUGCGCCAAACCACAUUAACUAUCAUUUCCUAGGCAUGCCCCAACACUUCCCCUCCAUCUUCAAGCCCAUCAACGACCAAACCCUCGAUCCGAUCCACGAACUCACUCACUCAACCCAAGACCACCAUCCACCAUUCGCCAACCCAUCCUUCUCCAGCCUCCCACCAUCCACAUUCUACAACCUAAAUUGGGAUACCACCCACACCUCCCCAAAUAUCCCCAAUCACAAAGAAGCAACCGUCUCAUCAUUGUUCAGCACUCAUCAAAACCAAAUUAGUAGCAACCACGAAGCCGAAGCUUCCGCAAGGAUGUCUGCAACAGCUUUGCUACAGAAAGCUGCACAAAUCGGGGCGACCACGACCGAUCCAGCGAUGAUACUAGGGAGUUUUGGGGUCAAGUGCAACGACAAUGGCUUGGACGGGAACAGGCUUUGCGGGUUGUACAGUACAAGCUCGGUUACGAGCGGCUUUGGGAGCGAUGUAGAGAGCUCUGUGAAUGAGAAUUCGGCGAUGAAUGGGCAGUUGCAGAUGUACACUUGUUCGAAACGACGUCGGGUGCAGAGCUAUGAGGAGGAGGGAGGGGAGACGAGGGAUUUUCUUGGAGUUGGGAUCAAUCCUAUUUGCCACCCCUCUUCUAUCAAUGGAUGGAUUUGAAUUGUGUCGAUUGGAAAUAAUUUUGUGGAGUUUACAAAAGGAAGAACGAUAUAUAGUGGAGGGAAAGAGAAGUAGGGCACCUUUUUAACUCCAUUAUUGCUAUCUUGAUUAAUUACGUUUAUUAAUUAAUUGUUGUUGCUUAAUUAUGGAAAUAAAAAAUGUGUUACAAAAGGCUACAUCUAGCAAGCGAUUGUGUAAGUUGUAACGA